UCGACCGCUUGCGUCGCGUGUGGACGUAUUGCGCGCCGCGAAUUCCUCUCCGCACGUAAUCGUCGUAAUAACCAACAAAAAAUAAAAUAAACUGUGACUGGUCUGUGUUCACGUAACGUUCUCUCGUAAAGGGAAAUACGGCUUUAGCUAACUGGAUACAUGUCGGUUUUACAACGUUUAUUGUUUUUAGUUGGCAAGUGCAAAAUGUGAUGUUAUGUGUGCUCAACGAGCGUACCGUCCUGUGUAACGUUGCCUCAAAGUGAACUACAUGGAUGUAAUGUGCUUUUAAAAUUGGAAACACAUAAUCUCCCUACUUCGGAACCGGAUUUUUUAAUUAAGAUUUAGCGGGGAUGACCGUUGUUCUUCUUAGAGAAUUUUCCUGAUCUUUGUGGAUUGAAAUGAGACGAAGAACAGACCAACGGAUAUGUGAGAGCCCUGACUCAAGUACACACAACUGCAACGACACAUGUAAUUACAUGUCAACGGUGAUAACAACGAAUACGCGUUCACAAUCUACCCCUAAAUUAACGAUGUCGCCACUACGUGCCGGAAGACGGCUAGCUGCCUUCAUCACGUCCAAUGCUUUCCUGGUGCUGUUGAUAUCGCUGGAGCUUCUAGCGUCACGCAGCGGUGCGGCCGCGCUGGCCAACUGCCCUGGAGGCUGCAACUGCAACGACGAGACCCUCGUAGUGGUGUGCGAGGAGAGCCGCCUGGACGUCCUGCCCAUCGCCCUCAACCCCUCCAUACAGCGGCUCAUCAUCCGCAACAAUAAGAUCAAGACCAUCGACAGCUCCAUGCAGUUCUACGCCGAGCUCCAACAUUUAGACUUGUCCCAGAACCACCUAGUCAAUAUACCCACGAAAAGUUUCGCAUAUCAACGCAAACUGCAAGAACUGCAUCUGAACCACAAUAAGUUGUCCUCAGUAACAAACACAACUUUCCAAGGACUCAAUCAGUUGACCGUAUUGAAUUUAAAACGAAACUUCUUGGAGGAAUUAACGAAUGGAGUUUUCACUACCUUGCCAAGAUUAGAAGAACUAAACUUAGGUCAAAAUAGGAUAUCAAGGAUUGAGCCGAGAGCCUUCGCUGGCCUAUCAGCUCUGAGGAUCUUGUAUUUGGACGAUAACCAACUGAGCUCAGUGCCAACUACUUCCUUCAGUCUUUUAGGCAGUCUGGCGGAGCUGCACGUAGGAUUGAAUGCGUUUUCUUUCCUACCAGACGAUGCAUUUGCUGGUCUCAAUAGGCUGACAGUGUUAGACUUAAAUGGAGCUGGUCUCUCUAACAUUAGUGAAUUUGCAUUCAGAGGUCUUCCAGGAUUAAGAAGUCUCAAUCUAUUUGGAAAUAGACUAAUCACAGUUCCGACACUCCAGCUGUCUGGUCUUACAAGAUUAGAGGAUUUGUUCAUCGGACAGAACGAAUUUAUAUCUUUGGAAAGCCAUUCGUUCAAAGGCUUAAAAAAUCUUAAGUUGCUGGAUAUCACUGGCGCUACUCAGCUGGAAAGAAUUGAGAAAGGAGCAUUCGAAGACAAUAUCAACUUAGAAACCAUCGUCUUGGCAAACAACAAAAAGCUGGCAAUUAUUGAGGACUGCACACUAUUGGGCUUACCGAAACUGAAGCACGUUUCACUGAGAGAUAACGCAAUUGUCACGAUAAGCGAAUCUGUAUUCAUUGGGAAAGAGUUGAAGCAGUUGGAUCUAACUGACAAUCCCAUCUUCUGUGACUGUCAACUGUUAUGGCUCCAACAGUUGCUAUAUGAAAAGAGUAACUUCACACAAUUGCACUGCGCGAGUCCCGAACAUUUGAAAGAUAAACCUCUGAGGAACUUGAAUGCCGAUGACUUGGGUUGUGUGCUCCACGAUACGCGACAACAGACCAUUAUAUGUGUAGUGGUAGUUGCAUGUGUAGCGGUAAUUGCCACAUUAGUGUUAAUUUUGUAUAGGUAUCGCAAGAGCAUGCAGGAGAAGUUGAAAGACUACAAGUGGAACAAGGGGCGCAAGAACCUCGAGUACCACAAGCCUAUCUCGACGGAAGAGGACUGCAUACUAGAGCUUUACGCCUCCCCGAGCGUUUUCUUCAUGUCAGGCGGCCAGGGCUCCGCGCGGCGGCCGCAGCGCUCGGGGGGCGGCGGCACGCUGCCCGCCAACGGCUUCACGUACAUUGGCGGCGACACGCGCCCGCACCAGCCGCUCACGCUCAACAAUGGCGCACCGGCUCAUCACCUCAACAAUGGCUCCUUGCGCUCCCUGCCCGAUAAAAAGAAGAACCGCAACGGCGUGGUGUGCCACCCGGAGAACUUCCAGCGCAACCUGGACACGCGCUACUCGCGGAAGCAGGAGAACGGCUACAUGCGCAACUCGGAGACCAUCAUCGGGUUCGCGCGCAACGAGCGCGAAUACGAGCACGCGGAGUACAGCGAGCCCGAGUACUCCAUCAUCCCGGAGAGCUACGGCCGGCCGCUGGACGAGUUCCCGCGCGCCUGCGCCCACUCCAACACCUUCAACUGUUGAGUGCGCACGGACUCUCUCAAUCGUUUGUGAUCUUGUAAUUCUAGCAAUAAAUCUUCAUUCCAUUAAGUUUUCUAUGGACGGAGUCAGUCGUGACGGACGUAGUGCUCUAGAGCGGUUAGUGACAUUAGUAUUUCGGGUCCGGUGUACGUUCGACCAGUGAGGACUAUCCUGUAUCGUAUUCGUUUUAAAAGAGUACCUUAUUUGUAAAUUAUAAAUUUAAGUAGUGAUGGAUCUAUUUUUCAAUGGAACGUUGGGGGCUCGGGCGUAUGAAAGUGAGACUUUCACACGAGACACGGUACAAUGUACAGACUAGUCGUGACGAGAGGGGCGGCGGGGAGCCUCCUCUAUGAUGUACGUCAUAAAACAUUGUGAUUUGUAAUUUUUUCUACCAGUGCGGUGGAUUUUGUAUUUGAUUUUGUACAAAAAACCAUUCCAUAUGAUAUCUUUUUAAUGUCUAAUAUUUUAUUUAUGGAUAAAGUAAGUGUGCGUUAAAUAAGACACCAAUAUGAAAAAUAUUAGAAUUAAUGAAUGUAAAUAUAUUUAUACUAUAUUGAGAUAUUUAUAAAAUUUAAUACAAUCUUGUUCUUCUAAAAAUUAUCAUAAAAUUAUUUCGGGAUAUUGUAUUGUUUGCUAUAAUGACUGAUAUCCUAAUUACGAGAUUUCUUAUGUCUGACACUACCUACCUAUAAUUAAAUACCUACUUACACUACAUUUCUUAUUGUGUAAGAACGAACGCACCCAUUAUUUGUAAUAUGAACACAUCUUCGAACACUUUAAUAUUGUAUGUAAUAAUUUUAUUAAGAUUGACGUUAACGAAGUAAACGAUGUCUUAUUAUUGAAUUGAAACGAACCUAUGUUAAUUAUCGUUUUGUUACCUAUUUUUUUAAUGUCCAUAGUAUGAAUGACGUGUGAUCUAUUCAGAAACGUUUUGCUAACAGUCAUUAAAUGAUAAUAGGAUCUCAAUUACCGACGUGAUGCAUACAAAUGAACUUGCCCCGUAUCAAUUAGUUUAAUUGCAAUCAGGUAUAAGCAUCGGGCCGUUAUACUGUCCCGCCCAAAUCAUAAAUAGGAGUCAUCAAGAAACCAAUUUCAUAUAAUAUGAAAUCAGCUUUCAUACGCUAUAAAACGCUUGAACUAAUUAUUUUAUAUGGCAACACUUACAAUUUCAUCAGUUACUUUCUAAAUAGAUCACACAAUUUGCAAUAAUGUGCCUCUGACGAUUUACUCGUUGUCAAUGUUAAACUUACAAUUACUAUUUUCUGUGAAUUUUAUCUUCUUUUUUCCUAUAAUUUUACUGAAAUGUUCUUGCCAUAUUCCAAAAAGGCAUAAUGGUAAUAUAAUAUAGGUAUUGGAUAAGCAUUUUUAUUUUGUAGAAAACAUUUUAAUAUUAAAGUUAUGACGAAUAUUAUAAAAGCGUCGGUUAUAUUGCGAUUCAUGCUGCAAUUACAACAUAAUGUAAGGCUACGUUUAGACUGUGACACUACAGACUCAGAACUAGUACGAAAUAAAGAGAUCCAAACAGUAUAAACAGGCAAGGGAAGGGUCAGUGUGUGCGAGAGAGAUCCUGGCACGUAGAAGCACAUUUCUUUCUUGAUUCCCAAUCCCGCUUGCCUCAUGGAACUAUAAAAAGUAACUAACUAGAAAGUACCUAGAAAUAUUAAUCUGUAGUAUAUUGUUUCAAUGUGUCAUAGUCUAAAUCAAGCCUUUCAAUUAAAAUUGUGAUAAGAGCAAGCUUUUAUAAUAGACGAUGUUAAUUAAGUCGCUAGAUACCUUCUUAGUGCCAUUUUUGUGUCUUCUUGGAUUAUGGUCAUUUUUUACUCCAGUUUUAUAUACCCACGCGACAUUACCUGACGUAUGGUGUUAUUGAGUUAUUGUAAAUAUAUGGAGAAUUUAAAGACUAAGCAAUUAAGGCAUGUGUUAGUGCCUAGUGAAUGCCUAAAAAAGUAUACAAGAAAAAUGAUUGAAUACAUAUGAAAACAUUGUGAUUAGAGUACUCACGACAUUGUAAUAGAAAUCAUCGGUCAUUUCUGUACUUUAUUGUAGUUAUUACCUACAUACAAACUCGAUAAAUAUAACAUACCUCAAAUUUAA